AUGGAUUCCACCCCGAAGGAUCUCCUUAUGGAGAUAUUCUCGAGAUUGCCAGCAAAGUCAGUUGGGAGAUUUCGUUGCGUGUCGAAGCAAUGGAAUUCCAUGCUUAGCGGUCCAUAUUUCAAAGAGCUGUUCUUGACAAGGUCACGGGCUCGUCCACGUCUCUUAUUCGCCAUGAAAGGAGAUCGAUUAGGUGAGUGGAAAUUCUUCUCGUCGUCUCAGCCUCGGAUGCCGUCUUCUCUUGCAGUAGCCACCGGUUUUCAGUUCAAGUUCUUUAACGGCAUGACGUCAUCCCUUUGUGGCUAUGCCUCUGGUUUGAUCUGUUUUUGUGAUACACGGAUCUCCGAACUGAGUAAGAAUAGAGUGCAUGUAAUAUGCAAUCCUAGCACAGGACAAUAUGCAGUCUUACCUAAACUGGGACUGGAAGAUCAGAGAACCUUUUUAGGGUUUGAUCCAAUUGACAAGCAAUUCAAGGUAUUGUCCAUGGUUCCUAAACCAUCUUGUGAUGAUGAUCACAGAAUUCUGACUUUAGGAACUGGAAAAACGAGUUGGAGGAAGAUCCAGUGUCCCUUAACCCACAGGCCUUCCCCUUUUAGAGGAAUAUGCAUCAAUGGGGUUAUAUAUUACUUGGCGUAUUUUGAUGAAACGUCUAAUGAUGUGAUCGUUUGCUUUAAUGUUCGGUCUGAGAAAUUUAAGUUUAUCGAAAUGGAAUGUUUUCAUGAGAAAUUGAUAAACUAUAAGGGUAAAUUAGGUGUGAUUCAAUGGAAGUGUGUUGGCGAUGACAAUCACAGUAACAUUGAGUUGAGUCUGUGGGUUUUAGAUGAUGUCGAGAAACAGGAAUGGUCGAAACAUGUCUACAUUUUGCCGAAUGACAUCAAAAUCGUUAACUGGAACCUAAUUUCCAUCGUUGGAGUGACUGCUUCGGGUGAAAUCGUUUUGUCGACGAACCCUAUAUCUAAACCGUUUUAUGUUUUCUACUUCAAUCCCGAAAGGAACGAGUUCCAUCGUGUUGAAAUCCAAGGUUUUGCUGAGAAUUAUGGUAGAGUUAAAGUCUUUGUAGGCCAUGUAGAGGAUCUUCAUGUUAACGAUGCAGAGAUACUGAAGUCGAGCAUCUCUGAUCCAUACGCAAAGAGGAAACGCGGCCUGAAUAUCACUAGGAAAAGAGAAAGGGAGAGGGACAUGCAUGAGGUCUGA